CACGUGAUUGUACCACUUCCGUCGUCCAUUUUGUACUGACUUUUGUUUUGACCUAGCCACAAGAGCAAACGUCUAAAAGGUGUAAAAUGGCAUCAGGUGUAUCGAGGCCGUUGGCUAGGUCUCUCAAAGCCCGCAUGUUCAGUGCAGCAGCAGCGCAAGCAGAGUCCACAUCAUCAGUAGAUAGAGAACCUCGGGCAUACAUCAAGAAACUCAACAAUGGGCUGCUGGUUGGAACCAUUGAGACUCCAAGCCCUGUAGCAAGACUUGCUGUUGUUGCUAAUGCUGGAUCCAGAUUCGAGACUGGGGAAAAUUUGGGAAUUUCGCAUGUGCUCCGUCAUACUACACAGCUUAGGACUGAAAACAUGUCAAGCUUGGGCAUCACAAGAGCAGCUCAGCAACUUGGAAGUGAUAUAACCGCUGAAGGCACCCGCGAAUAUAUCUACUACAAGAGCAACGUGACAAGGAACUGUGCUGGUAAGGUUGUUGAGAUUCUUCGUGAGAUCAGCACUAAGCACUCCUUCAAGCCAUGGGAGGUGGAUGAUCUGCAGGCUGACCCUGAUGGCCUCAAGCUGGACCUUGCUUUGUUGAAGACACAACCUCAAGUCCGAGUGGUAGAGCUGCUUCACUCUGCUGCCUUCAGGGACACCCUGGGAAGGUCACUUUAUGCCCCGGACUUCUCCAUCGGCAAGUUCAAUUCUGAGCAGCUGUUGCACUAUGCCAAGUCUAACUUUGGAGUCGGUCGUCUUGCUCUUGUGGGAGUUGGCAUUGACAGCAGUGAACUUGAGGCUCUGGGAGAACAGUUCGAACCAUAUGCCUCCACCGGUGCCCCUGCUCAACCAGCCGUCUACUAUGGCGGUGAAGUCCGAGAGAACACUGGGGGAGAACUGUCUUAUGUAGCUUUCGCUCUGGGUGGACCAAAGAUGUUCUUUAAACAGCCCAGAAAGAAAAGUUCACCAGAGACAGGAGAUGAACCCAUUGAUCUCAAUGUGGGCAGCAAGGACCUGUUGCCCUCAGAAGUGCUGAAAUAUGUGCUGGGUGUGGGACCUCAUGUCAAGUACAGCAGCGGCUCAGCCACCUCGGAGCUGAGCAAGGCUGUGUCUAAGGCUGUCGAUGUCCCUCACUUUGUGUCGGCCUUCACUGCUAACUAUUCAGACGCUGGCCUGUUUGGGUUCACAGCUGUUGCCCAGAGCUCUCAGAUUGACAAGGUGGCCAGAGCAGGUGCUGACCAAUUGAGGUCUGUGCUCACCUCUGGAAUUUCAGAUAAGGAUGUAGAGCGGGCUAAGACCCAGCUGAAGGCCAGCAUCUGCAUGCAGUUUGAGAACCCCGACGUGCUGUUGAGCUGGUUGGGAGAGCAGACGCUCAACUCUGAUCAGGUCUUGACCCCACAGGAGGUCUACAAGAUGGUGGAUGCUGUCACUACCGCUGACGUCAACAAUGCUGCAAAGAAGAUUGCCAGUUCCAAACCUACGAUGGCUGCCGCCGGAAACACAGUGGGAGUUCCAUAUUUAGAUCAGCUCUCUAAGUAAACACCUUUUGCCACUAUGACAUACUUAUUGUGUUAGGUGAAAACUCUGUAGUAUAUAUUGUCAGUGAAAGGGAGGGGGUUGGGUUGGUGAACUUGUGAGUCUUUCUUUUCAUGACGAUGUGUGUGAGGCCCAGUGGCUGAGCGAGAGACUGGAUGUACAAUGAUUGGAUGGAAGUAGAUACUGUCUACUUGUGAUUUGAAAAAAAAGAUGUGUAGUUAGUUUUUUUUCCCUAGUAUUUUGUUCUCUUGAUUUAGUAAUUUGACACCUGGUUUGUUUUAUGAAUUUCAAUGUGUUAUCAUUAGGUAAGGCUGACGAAUCCCUUAUACUGAGGGUAAUAUAUUCAUUGACCUGUGUAGGACCCCAGUAUGCAGACAGGACUACUUAUGAAAAAAAUGGGUAAAGUAACAGAAUGUUUUAAAAUACCCCCUGAUGCUAUUCCACUAUGCAUCAGCAAAGCAGCAGAUCCAGAAUACAGGACAGACCGUAGUUGUGCCUUGUCAGUGAAGGGUGGAAACCUUGUCCUUGUCAUGUUUCAUGUACAUACAGCACUGACUUUGGCCUACUGUUUGACAACGUGAUUUUUAAGUUCAAUAAAACUGGUGAAUUCUUCACAAACU